AUGGCCGCCCAAACUGUCCUCGUCACCGGUGCUUCAGGCUACAUUGCAGCCCACGUUGUGAAAGCUUUCCUCAAGAAGGGCUACAACGUUCGAGGAACCGUGCGCUCAGAAAAGACUGCGGAGGAAGUGCAUAAGACGCACUCAAAGUAUGCUGAGCAACUCAGCGUUGCCAUUGUUCCCGAUAUGGCUGCUGCCAAUGCGUUUGACGAGGCCGUCAAGGGAGUCGAUGGUAUCAUCCACACUGCCUCGCCUUUUAUCCUCAAUGCUACCGACUUCGAAAAGGAGCUCAUGCAGCCUGCUAUCAGGGGCACCACUUCCAUCCUGGAGGCUGCCCAGAAAUACAACCCUGCCGUCUCUAGAAUUGUCGUCACUUCAUCAUUUGCCUCUGUUCUGGACCCUACUCAAGGCCAGCGCCCUGGAUACGUUUACAAGGAGGCCGACUGGAACCCCAUCACUGUCGAGCAAGCCAACAGCAACCCCGUCAUGGCAUAUCUCGCCUCAAAGACCUUCGCUGAGCGAGCUGUGUUUGACUAUGUCGACGCGAACAAGCCAAACUUCACCGUGGCCACUCUGUGCCCUCCCAUGGUCUACGGACCAAUUGCUCACAGUGUUGCCGAUGUCAAGUCGCUCAACACCUCUUCUGGCGACAUCAACCGACUCAUCGACGGCUCAGAGAAGUCUGUUCCUGAUACUUCCUUCCACGCAUUCGCCGAUGUCCGCGAUCUUGCCGAAGCUCACGUCUUGGCCUUCGAAAAGCCAGAGGCCGCUGGACAGCGAUACCUGAUUGCCAACUCUGCCUACAGCUACCAACAGAUUUGCGACAUCAUCAGGGAAAAGUUCCCCGAGCAGAGCGAGCUGACGCCCAAGGGUGACACUGGCGCACCUCUCCCCCCUGCCUACCGACUUGACACCACCAAGGCUGCUACUGAGCUGGGCCUCAAGUUCAGACCGCUGCAGGAGACUAUUGUGGACAUGGUCAACAGCUUGUUGAAGCUGCACCACUAG